AUGAGCUGCUGCUCCUGGAACAAGACACCGACGCCAUUGGAGCUUUAUGCCAAGUCUCUGCCGGACGAUGUUGGUGCUCCGAUGCUGUUCCCGAUGUACACAGUUGCUGUCGACGCGCUGCUGAAGAUGACUGAGAUCCUGCCACACGAGGAGCUCAAGGCACAGGGCAAGCUCACCAUCUUCGAAGCCCGCGCGACGCAGAGGGCGGCCUUUGUGUCACACCAAUGGGUCUCAAGGGAUCAUCCUGAUCCCGAGUUUCGACAGAUGAGGAUUCUGCAGGAUGCUUUGCAGGAGAUGACCGGAAGAUUGAAGGCCGUGCCUUUGGAUUUUGUCACGGAGACCUUGGUUCCGAGUGCCGCACCUCUGCCGAUGGAGGACUUCAAAUCUUGCAGCGUCUUCGUUUGGUAUGACUACUUCUCUUGCCCACAGCUGGAGCGGCGCAAGUCGUGGUCGUCUGACCAGAGCGACGGGAGCCAGCAGGCCAAUGCCAUAAACAGCAUUCCGGCCUAUGUGGCCAACUGCCAGCUUUUCUUGGCUCUUUGUCCGGUGCUCGACUGCCCCUGCGACUCUAAAGUGCUUUCCUCGACCACGUGGAGACAGCGCGGCUGGUGUCGUGUAGAGCGCACAGCCAGGGAGCUGUCCACCGACAGCACUUGGAUUCUGAUUCAGAGCAGCUCCAGUAUUGAGCUGGUCGGGGCUGUGCUUUCCUUCCCGACAGGAUCUGUAGGCGAAGGCGAGUUCACGAAGGAAGUGGACCGGCAAAAACUGGCCCCGGUGAUGCAGAGCAUCGUGACGCGGAAGCUGCUGCACUGUCUUCGGGCCGGUGACUUUCCCGGCUUUCGCCGUUACUUCAACUUGCAGAAUGUGCACCUCCGUGGGUUGGAGAUCGAACCGGUUAGGCUCCUUCCCAAGAGCGAUCGAGAGGGGCCCAUAGAGGAUGCUGUGUCGAAGUUCCUACGCCAGAAUGGCUUGAGGAGUCCUACUAAAUCUGACAGAGCAGGAUGGUUUCCUCUGCACUACGCGGCAUUGUCUGGUAGCGUCGAGGUGAUUCAGGGGCUCUUGCAGCAGCGGGCCUCCGUGAAUCAGAGGACUUCAAAGGAUGAGCCAGUACUGGGCUUCCCGCUUUGGACGUCGGCCCUCGACCUGGCAGUGUCUUACAAGCACCACGAUGCAGCAAGGUGGCUGAUUGGAGCAAGGGCCCACUUGGAGGGUGGGCUGAUUCCUGCCAUGAGUGCUGCAGCCCUGUCGAACAAUCCCGAGGGCAUCCGCUUGCUUUGCGCCGCGGGUGGCCAGCCGCUGCCGAGGAAUAGAUUCGGGCAAAGCGCGUUGGAUGCUGCUGCAGCUUAUGGAGCUGAGGAAGCACUCGAAGAGAUAGUGGCUCAAGGGCACCCAGGGCCCUUGGAUCUAUCCAUGGCCCUAUUCAUGGCCGCGAAAUUUCGGGGUGGAUCGGCCGAGAUGGUCCGUCGCCUCAUUUACUUCCGAGCCGAUGUUGACUUUCAACUUGACAUGAGCCGCGACUUUACACUCCUCGGCCGACUUCUCUUUGGAGCGAAAGCCGUGCAGUACAGGAUGGGACAGGUCACGGUGCUCUCCUCCGUCUGCUAUCAUCUCCACGGCAGCACUCCGCUAAUGCAGGCUGUGCGUUCGGCUCAAUACGAUGCCGCUGCAGCCUUGAUCGCUGCCGGUGCAAAGCUGAAACUCCGGAACUGCCGCAACUGGACCGUGGCGGACUUUGCGAGAGGCCACUGCAUGCCGCGCUUUCUGCAGCAAGGCUUCGAGGAGACUUGUCGAAGACAGGGUGUCCUUGCUACCACUGGCUGA